GCGGUGCAAAUCGUGACCGAUCGUCGCGGGGCCGAGCCCUAGCCCCGAGACAUUCGAAUUCCCUUCAUCAGCUUCCAAGUUGCUGUUCAGUAUGACGAUUCAGCCCUGCAACAACUGAGUAUUCUAUACGUUCGUCGCCAUGGAAGAAGAUUGGAAUAUCGACAAGCACAGAAACAAAUUUGAACUUGAUGAGCAAUGGGAGCUGAAAAGAAAAUUCAUGGAAACACACAAGCAUCGGUUUUCAAAAGAACGUGUGAUAUGUCUUGCCCAGGUUCUUGUCAACAUGGAAUUUUUGGGAGCAAAAUACCCCAUUGAAAUUACAAAUACUGUUAUGGAACUAUCAAAAAAUAUUGUAGAAGGCUUUAGAAAAAACCAAAAAGCAAGACUUCAAAGGACAUUUGUAGAAGCCUCUGAGGCAGCUAGUUUGAAAGUUAAAGAAACCCUCGCCAACCCAAAGCUUUUUUCAGAAAAUGUUGAAAAUGAUGAAUGUGUGAUAACUGGGAAUAGUUCACCAAUUUACACAGAACGAGAAGUGUUUGUUCAAUCAGCUUCCAAGAAACUGGCAUGGGACAAAGAUAAGGACACAGGACCCAGAAUACCAAAUUUUGUAUUAAUUAUGACAAACAUUCAAAGGCAAAAUAUCACAGAACAUGCCAACAACAGAACUAACUCGGCACCAAGUUAUCGGGAAAUAAUUGAAACGUCGGCUCGUUUAUCCUCAGUUGAGCUUAAACUCAGCAAUAUUUUUUUUACGAAUCAAGGAAAGUGGCAAACAGUGCUUCAUCUAGGUGGCAGAGAGAUCGUAUCUUCGCUACACGAAAACAAAAAGAUGUCAGAGAGAGGCGUCUGCGAACUGGCGUUUCCUAUUUUGGAAAGAAAACACUAUCAGCUGGUCAUUAUCGAUCAAAUCUGCAUUUCUAUCGACCACUUCAUAAAAUUGGAGGAAGACAUCAGGCAAGCCCGUGCUGAAAACUCAGUGAGAACUACCAUAACGAAGGACGUCAUGCAAAGAAAACAUAACUGGACAUCCGAUUUAUCCACUAAUAGCGCCUUCGUGGUCUUGUCGAAAGAAGAAAGUAUUGUACCGCAACCACUUAACUCUGCCGUUGCCAUGAAAAUGAUGAAGAAGAUGGGGUGGGCUGAGGGAACCGGACUUGGGGCACGGAAACAAGGGAUUUUGGAACCUAUAAAAGGUGAUGUGAUUGUCGAUAGAAAAGGCGUUGGGUAUCAUGGCUCUGGAGGCAAAGAUUCAUUCGACAAGAUAAUUCGUCGUUAUCUAAGCAAUUAUGUGAACAGUUCUUCUUUGCACACCAUAAUUUUUUCCAGCGAGUUUUCUACUAACCAAAGAAAAACAAUUCAUUUAAUUGCCCGUAAAAUGGGAUUGUAUUCGUUAAGUACUGGAAAAGAACCUAAUCGCCAACUGACCGUCCGCCGAUCAGUUAGAAAACGGCCUCUCGUCGAACUACUCAAUGAGUUGAUAGAUUCUCAAGGAGAAGAUCCUCUUUUGGAAAAAAUGAAUACCAUCCCUCCAACGGAAUAGGUGCGGCAACAACUCAUCGGUGUGGCUCUCGAUGGAAGGAUUUGUAUUUUAUUUUACAAGGAUUUUGUGUAAAUUUGCUUUUUCAAACUUGCAGUCGUUAUGCCCCACAAGUGUGGCCAUUUUCAUUUGGCAAAUUUUUUAAAGAUUUGGUUGGUCUCACCGUAGCACAAUACAGAAUGGAUAGUAGAAAGCAUAUGACAUAAUGGCCUAUCACUCAUAUACGUUAAGCCAUAUUUGCCUGAAAUGACUAGCACGCGUCGCAAAGUUACCAAUUGUACCUUUCUUUCUAGCCCUAGCAAAUACAAGCGAUUUUUCAAAA